AGUGGCAUGAAGUGUGCGUCACCGUGUUGAUUGUUGCAUUUUUUGUAUCGCAUAAUUGUCGAUCUAAAGUUUAUUCUUGGCUUCUGGCGUACAGUACUAAUCACUUGGUGACCAUCAUAACAAAGCAAAACCAGUGAAAUGACAUAAAAGAAUAUAUUUGUGUAUUGACAAACGUAGUUCGAUAAUUUUCAUUCGCGAUGACUUUUAUGCCGGAACCGCUGGUAUUUGCACUUGCUCUCCUGGACACCGGUGCACUUCUAUUUCUUCUUGUGUAUUUUGUAAUAACUCUGUCGGAUCUAGAAUGUGACUAUUUGAAUGCUCAGCAAUGUUGCUCAAGGCUAAAUGCGUGGGUUAUACCAAAGAUGAUAGCUCAUGCAAUUUUGUUAUGCUUACUUUUUAUCAAUGGCCAAUGGAUAUUGACAUGUGUAAAUAUACCAAUGACAUUAUGGCUUUUGUAUGAAAUUUUUGCUACUCCUGGAGGUAACAUGGGAGUAUAUGAUCCAACAGAAAUCCACAAUAGAGGCCAAUUAAAAAGGCACAUGAGAGAUUGUAUGGUUUAUCUAGGAUAUUAUUUAUUAUUCUUUUUCAUUUAUUUGUAUUGUUUAAUUGUUUCGCUGUUGAAAGGUGACCCAAUUAAUAGAUAUGAAGAUGACAUGGUGGAAUUUUAAGUUAACUUAAAUAAUUCUCCAGAAAAUAAUUUCUUGAUUUGUUUGUAUCUUUGUGAUAUGUCGAAUGCUGUUCAUACAAUAUGUUGUUGCAUAUCUGCAGAUGCUAGUGAGGUACCACAUUGCAUGACGGUUUUGGGAGUGCCAAAUGGCUGAUUCACUAACCUACCACGUCACACGUGCAAAGCCUUUACAUGUUGUGUGGAACAUAUACUAGUAUAUAUCUAGUAUAUAUUAGUAUGUAUCUAUUACAAGUAUAUAUCUAAUGGUCUAAAAUUUGUUAUACAAUUUGUUUGGUAAUUUCUAAUUGCGUACUUGAACGCCAAUAUUGUAGGUAUGAGUAUAGUGAGUAACGUCCACGUGCGCAAUUGACAACUUUGUUUGGCUUGUUACACAAUCUAUACUAUUUUGUAGCAUUUUCACUAUAAAGAAUAAAAAAUCAUCACGAUGAAAACGUACCCCCUAAGGAAUAAGGCUGAAACACUUAUAUUUGAUGGCGUGUAUAAUUUAUUUUAUUUCUAGUCCUUAUAAUUCUGUUUCAAAUUUUAAUAUUGUAAUAUAAAAAAUUUUUCUGUGGAAACAAUGCAGUUACUGAAUUGAAAAAAUAUUUUUGUAUCAACAUUAUACAGUUAUUAAAAAAAUAUAGAACAGUUGAGAAUGAAGGAUUUGCAGUGACUUAAUUUUUUAUUCAGGAAUGAAGUUUUACAUAAAUUACAAAAAUUUGCGAAGUUUAACAUGCUGAGCUAAUUUUAUCAGAUUCAGCAGUUUUCAACUGACGACGAUAAAUUAAACAGGACAAAAAGCUUAGAGCCUUUAGUCUUUUGUACUAUCUUUACCUCGUUCUUUCCUUUCAUCACGCUACAUCACUUAUUCACAUUUGUUUGUUCGACCGCCAAGUCAAGUGGUACCGGGAAGGUUUUUGUUUCUGUAUAGCUUCAAUAUUUUUCAAGUCACGUACGAGUUCUUUUUGUUUAUUGUGUUUGCAACGUGCGUUAGGCAUUACUUGAACGUUAAUUUUUUGUAUGCAUUUCCGCUUUAAUUUGAAGGUAAAACAAAACAAAAUAAUAGUUUAAUAAAUGGCGCACGUUAUUUGCGUCUAAUCAAUUACGAUUUUUAAUUUUGUAUAUCGACAAUUAAUAAAUUAAUUUUCUAUAGUAAAUGUACUUUCAUAACUGCUAAGGAACAUGUUCACGA